AUGAAUAUAUUAUCGAAUAAACAAUCAAUAGUAGUUCAACUUAAGUUAUCCCUCACACAUUCAUCAUCAUCAUCAUCAUCAUCAUCAUCAUCAUCAUCAUCAUCAUCAUCAUCAUCAUCAUCAUCAUCAUCAUCAUCAUCAUCAUCAUCAUCAUCAUCAUCAUCAUCAUCAUCAUCAUCAUCAUCAUCAUCAUCAUCAUCAUCAUCAUCAUCAUCAUCAUCAUCAUCAUCAUCAUCAUCAUCAUCAUCAUCAUCAUCAUCAUCAUCAUCAUCAUCAUCAUCAUCAUCAUCAUCAUCAUCAUCAUCAUCAUCAUCAUCAUCAUCAUCAUCAUCAUCAUCAUCAUCAUCAUCAUCAUCAUCAUCAUCAUCAUCAUCAUCAUCAUCAUCAUCAUCAUCAUCAUCAUCAUCAUCAUCAUCAUCAUCAUCAUCAUCAUCAUCAUCAUCAUCAUCAUCAUCAUCAUCAUCAUCAUCAUCAUCAUCAUCAUCAUCAUCAUCAUCAUCAUCAUCAUCAUCAUCAUCAUCAUCAUCAUCAUCAUCAUCAUCAUCAUCAUCAUCAUCAUCAUCAUCAUCAUCAUCAUCAUCAUCAUCAUCAUCAUCAUCAUCAUCAUCAUCAUCAUCAUCAUCAUCAUCAUCAUCAUCAUCAUCAUCAUCAUCAUCAUCAUCAUCAUCAUCAUCAUCAUCAUCAUCAUCAUCAUCAUCAUCAUCAUCAUCAUCAUCAUCAUCAUCAUCAUCAUCAUCAUCAUCAUCAUCAUCAUCAUCAUCAUCAUCAUCAUCAUCAUCAUCAUCAUCAUCAUCAUCAUCAUCAUCAUCAUCAUCAUCAUCAUCAUCAUCAUCAUCAUCAUCAUCAUCAUCAUCAUCAUCAUCAUCAUCAUCAUCAUCAUCAUCAUCAUCAUCAUCAUCAUCAUCAUCAUCAUCAUCAUCAUCAUCAUCAUCAUCAUCAUCAUCAUCAUCAUCAUCAUCAUCAUCAUCAUCAUCAUCAUCAUCAUCAUCAUCAUCAUCAUCAUCAUCAUCAUCAUCAUCAUCAUCAUCAUCAUCAUCAUCAUCAUCAUCAUCAUCAUCAUCAUCAUCAUCAUCAUCAUCAUCAUCAUCAUCAUCAUCAUCAUCAUCAUCAUCAUCAUCAUCAUCAUCAUCAUCAUCAUCAUCAUCAUCAUCAUCAUCAUCAUCAUCAUCAUCAUCAUCAUCAUCAUCAUCAUCAUCAUCAUCAUCAUCAUCAUCAUCAUCAUCAUCAUCAUCAUCAUCAUCAUCAUCAUCAUCAUCAUCAUCAUCAUCAUCAUCAUCAUCAUCAUCAUCAUCAUCAUCAUCAUCAUCAUCAUCAUCAUCAUCAUCAUCAUCAUCAUCAUCAUCAUCAUCAUCAUCAUCAUCAUCAUCAUCAUCAUCAUCAUUUCGAUCACCCUUCGUUCUCCUUUCUCUUCUACUGGUUAGCAGUUCGUAG